AUGGGAACAGCUGCUGCAAGUGAGUCUGGACGGCCUACGGGUUCAGCGUUCAGCAUUUGCUUUCUCUGGAUACUGCACUGCCUCCGCACUGCACUUCUUGCUUGCUGCAAAACACGCGGUUCAGGAUGUGCUGACGGAUCUGGAUGCAUUUGGCUUUCCGCGAGAAUAUGCUGUCCGAUGCUUGCAGCUCAACAAGCACAACCACGUGACUACAACGUACUACCUCCUGAACGAGAAGAAGCGGCGCCUCAUGGAGCGCCUGCAGCGAAUCCCCGGGGUGCGUCGUCCCCUUUGUGUCAAAUGCAAAUAUGCCUGUGGGAAGUAUUUUUCUAG